GCAGCAACGUAUCCCUCUCUUCUAUUUCUACAGCAGUGAUUCUUUCUCCUCCACUCUAUUACCUCCUUCACUAACGCCUUGUCCUCUGUGAAACUUUCACACGCUUCAAAUUCAUACCUUUGAUUCUCUCUCAAUUUCAAGAAUUCACGAACGAACAUCCCUUACCCAAAACCGAGAUUUGGGUUUCUUACCCAGUUCUGAAUCUAUCGAACCAUUCUUUUCUUGUUCAGUCGAAUUUCAUCGUAGUUUCGGUUUUUCCGAGGUUACAGUGCUUUGAUACCAUGAAGGUUCACCCAGCGCCGAGGAAGCGAAACAUAACGUUGCGAUACGACAUGGUUUCGGCACUUUCGCAAGCGAAUUCGCUCGUUUGCAGGCAAAAGAAGCUCCGGAGACUCCCACACAUCUUCGCCAGAGUCCUCGAACUCCCUUUCCACUCAGACGCCGACGUUUUGAUCGAAGAAACACCCGAUUCUCUCAGAUUCAGCGUCACCACGGACGAUGUUGGAGAUGACGUCAGGGCACACACAAUUGAGGUUUAUCCUGGGGUCACGAAGAUUGUGAUAAGAGGAGACGAUGUUCUUGACUUGUCGGUGGAUGAAUUGGAGCUGGAUUUGUGGCGGUUUCGGCUUCCGGCGUCGACUCUGCCGGAGCUGGCUAGUGCCGCAUACAGUGACGGAGAGCUCAUCGUGAUGGUGCCCAAAGUUGGGGAUUUGGAUGGUGAGGAUGGUGGUGAUCGUGAGAAUGGGGGUAUCGGAGCGGGACGGCUGGUUCUUGUACAAUAAAAGUAACGCAUUUCUCUUGUUGACCUUCAAUUUGUGUUCUUGAAGUUCAACUGUCGUUGGGGGCUUUAUAAUCAUCCUCCUGAAACUUUUUUUGAAUGCUUUGAUGGUUCAAUGAAACUUUUGACUUUUUUUGGUUGAUCUGUGGCAUUCAGUUGGGUGUUUGUUUUGCUUGAAAUGUUCAUGUAAGAAUUCCUGAAUCUAAGGGCAUAAAAGAUGUAAUAUAGGAUGAAUAAAAAAGGAAAUUUUAUGAGUUCGGUUAAUAGGUUUCUUAUUAUAUGACUUGCUAUAUAUAUACUUU